AUGAGCGGCGAAGACACCGAAUUCACGUCCAAUGGUGCCGAGACUGCACCUAGCCCUGGAGACCCAGGCCCAGCAUUGCCCAUCAAGCCCGAAACAGCUGGUUUCACACCGCUGGUGACAGUCGUUGGCUUUCACCAUGCACGAGGGCCCGAGGUUGAGACAUGGUUUGGCGUGGAGGACGGCUUCGACCCCGCGGAAGAGUUCAAAUGGUCGUUGCUGCCAUUCAUGGCCUUGAGCGACGGCGCGCACGCAUCUGAAGAGGACUUCUCGUACUUCACCCUUCUGAAACCCAAGACCGACAAGAGUCCCGCCACUUCCUUGUUCGGGAUAUCAUGUACGCGACAGCUCGACUCCACCCAGCUCAUCAACCGGCCCGACGACGUCACCCGCUCAACGGUGCAGAAGGCUGUGGUGGUUAUUGCGGACAAUCCCAAAUCCUUUGGCAUGCUGCGGCAAAGGCUGGGGAUAGUCACCCACGCCUGGUUCGACCAGCGUGGCUUUGACGAUGUGGAUAUUCUCAAAGGGCUGCAGGAAAGCUUGGCCGAGGAGAAAUCCAGGGGCGACCUCGAAUCCGUAUCCGAGCAGGACCAAUUCAUUGGCAUGAGUUUGCGAGAGUUGAUCCACGAGUUCAGGUGGCAGACGCUGGUCUUGCUGAAGAGUUGCCUGCUUCAGCCAAAGAUGCUCUUCUUCGGCUCGCGAUGCGACCGGUUGUGCAUGGUCCAGUUUGCGCUUGUGUCGCUCAUACCAGGCCUCAUGCGCAAUCUCCAGGAUUGCGCCGACCCUGAACUCAACACCUACGAGAGUCAACUUUCGAAGCCCACGAGCUUGCAAAGUAGUAAUCGCAGCUCGCUACUGUCGUUCAUGGGACUUCCGUUGCAAAUAUUCGGCAAGGGUAGCCUCUUUGGCCCAUACACCCCCCUCCAGCAACUUGACAUCCUCGCCGACUUUGGCACCAAGUCUUACAUUGUGGGCAGCACCAACUCACUACUGCUGCAACAGAAGGAUCGCUACAGCGACAUCCUCAUCAACCUCGAUGAGGACACUGUGAACAUCACGUCCGCCUCCCUUCGCAAUGCACUCACGCUUACUGCUGCCGAUCGCCGUUGGAUCGACGGCAUCUACCACGAAGUCAGUGAGACCUGGGACGAGGCUAAUCCCAGCCGACCCAAGACACUCCAGUAUCUCGGCUCCGAAGAGUACAUUCGCGCGCAAUUCGAGGCAUAUAUACUAGGUCUAAUAUCGUCAGUCAAGUAUCAUCAGUUCAUUGUCGAGAAUCCGGACACGGGUUCCACCACAGAGGCCGACCCGGCUGUCGACUACGGCCUCGACUGGGUAGAAGCCUGGUCCGGCACGGAGAACUACCGCAUGUGGAACCAGUACACGGAUGCCAAUCUGUUCGCCGUCUCCGAGCCCAAACAUCCCUGUGCCGGGGGUCUCACCAUGGAUGACGUCCAGCGCAGGAUAGCAGAUCAAGUCAAGGACCUCCACCUGGAUGAGCGCUUCGCCCAGGGACGCGAGGUCCUGGGUCGCAAUUUCGCCGUCGGCAGGGAGAAGGCCACGAGCAUGUUCAACCGCAUCUACUCGGACAUGGAAUACCUACGCGAGUCACAACGACGCCGUGCCGAGGACGCCGCGCGAGCGCAAGACGCCGGUGCCGAGCAGCAGCCAUCCUCACCAGCGUCGUCGACCGCGCCCUCGUCGGCAUCGGCCGUGCCUGCGGUGGACCUCAAUAAGGCACAGCAGUCGGUGCAGACAGCCGGCGCGCGUGCGAGCGCAUACAUGUCGAGCUGGGCUUCGUGGGCGGGCGAGAAGCGAAAGACGGGCGGCUGGGGUGCUGGCUGGGGACGCAAGGCGUCGGGUACGCCGACUAGUUCGACGCCGACGAGCCCCAUGGAGAAGUCAUCAGUGGAAUUCCAGCCCAUGGGUUCCAACAUGGAUCCUGCAGGACACAGACAGCAGCCGAGCUUUAGCGAAAGCAUAUUGUCGGGUGCCAGUUCGUCAGCUGGAAGACCCGGGACGGGCCAAGAGGAAGAGGACCUGGACACGGGCCGGAAAGCGACUACGAAAGAAGCGCAGGGGGGAGAUGAAGGCCUCAAGAAUACCUGA